UCGAAUGGUAAAACCGGAAAUCAAGUAGACCAUGUCCCUCUUGGAGCUAGGUUUGGUAGGCUGCUAAUAACUGGGGCUCCCCUGGGUUGUUCACAACAGAGGACGGCGUCUCAGUUCCGACUAAGUAGCUUGAAGCCCAGUUGAGAAUUUUAGAUUCGAUUUCGGAGCCGUAUGAACGGAGGGAAACUAAGGUCGGCGCGUUCGUGUUGGAAACGGCUUCGGUCCUCUCCUGGUCGCUGUGGAAUAUGGCUCAGUAUGGACAUUAUGUAGCCAGUUCCCAAAAAGCACUAAUGCUGGAGAUGAAAAGUCUCCAAGACGAGCCAGUCGAAGGCUUCAGAAUAACUUUGGUGGACGAGUCGGACAUGUACAACUGGGAAGUGGCGAUAUUCGGACCCCCAAAUACUCACUACGAGGGUGGUUAUUUUAAGGCGCGGAUCAAGUUCCCGGUGGACUACCCGUACUCUCCGCCUGCUUUCCGCUUCCUCACCAAAAUGUGGCAUCCCAACAUAUAUGAGAACGGGGAUGUGUGUAUCUCCAUCUUGCACCCACCUGUAGACGACCCACAGAGCGGCGAGCUGCCAUCAGAGCGGUGGAACCCCACACAGAAUGUCAGAACCAUUCUGCUCAGUGUGAUCUCUCUGCUAAACGAGCCCAACACCUCCUCCCCAGCGAACGUGGACGCGUCCGUCAUGUACCGCAAGUGGAGGGACAGCAAGGGCAAGGACAGGGAAUACAUCGAGAUCAUCAGGAAGCAGGUGUUGGCUACUAAAGCGGAUGCAGAGCGAGACGGCGUCAAGGUUCCUAUCACAUUAGACGAGUACUGCAUCCGCACCCAGGUCCCCCCCACAGACGACGGCUCCAACCUCCUGUACGACGACUACUACGACGACGAGGAGCUGGACGACGAUGACGAUGAAGACAAUGAGGACUGUUGCUAUGAUGAAGAUGACUCGGGCACUGAGGACUCCUGACCUGCCCCCCCCCCCCCCCCCCCCCCCCAAUCCACACACCACUCCCACCCUUGCCGAAGACACCCCCCCCUUCCCUCCAGCAUCUCCCUUCCUGUCACAGACUGAACUUUUAAUUCCCUGCCUCCAGCCGUUCUUUCCCUUUAAACCCUCGUCAUCCUCAUGUAGCACAGCCUUUCUGUCCACUUUCUGUCCCAUGUGCAGUCACAGCACGCACACAAAAUCUGAUACAUUGCAAAGAAAGCUGCGCAGUGGUUUUUGUUGGUGUUCUUCCCAUGUCUGCGUAGAGGGUGCACACAUGACGCACACAUAGACCAGGAGAAGUAACUGUCAUAGGCAAAGCCAAUGUGAUGAUCAUGAUUCCUUUGAGCUUUUGCCUGAGAGUUGGUCACACAGUUUAUUAACGCCCACAGGAGAAAGAGAGCGUAACAUUAAAGGUCAACUCGCAGUGAAACGUGUGUGUGUACGCGUGUGUGUGAGUGUAAAGCGGAGUCCACCUCUGAGCCAUGUGUGUGAUCUCCAGCUUACAGGCCGCUCCAGCUCAAGGCCCCUUCACGCUUCACCUCUGACCUUUUGAGCCCGGACCACGUCCCGCUCCAAACAAAGAACGUCAUCAACUUAAAAAGCAUCGAUGCCAUUCGUGCUCCCUUGUGCCUUCCCUCACACACGGUUAUCGCAGACGAGAGCGACUCAUGGGACCCCAAAGCCGACAGCGGUGGCAUGUGAGGGGGUUUUUCAGGCUCACAAAGGUCUCAGGUGGGGGACACUGCGCACCGCUCCCUCCAGGUGCAACAAGUCCAAACCGAUUUCCGGCAGCGGAUUUGUGUGGGGUGCGGGUGCAGAAGGUGAGACCCACCAGCUGAACUAAGUAGAAUGUAGGUCAGAGUCCUGCCUACUGCCACACAGCCUUCAUCACACAAGCACAUGCUAUUAGUGGCCUGGAUGCAUUACCAAACGGCUAGCUGAGCCUGCUGCUGCUCAUGAAUUCCAAUGUACUGUAUUAAAAAUCUAUGCAGUCAGUGCUUGAACUUACUUAAUCUGCAGUGCUUUAAACGUGGCAGGAGAGCGGAGCCUUCGACAGUCCGACCUGAACUCCAGCGUGGGUUCUGUAAGCCAGCUCGGCACAGAGCGGGCUUCAGGCUGAUUGUGUCCUAGAUGACAAAUAAAUAAGAGGUGGUUGUGUCUAUUUUUCCCACUUGUCAAUGGUUUGUCGUUCUAAACCAGAGUAGCACAAGUCUUUAGAGGCUGUACUCUAGCACCCACCCCCCCACACCCCAACCAAACGUCAGCUGGGCCGCAGCCAUUGAUUCAGAGUAAUUCAGAACGCCAGGGUGUCGUCGUUGUACUCGUUUACUGUCAGAAACCCUCUCGUGGACGCUCAAACGCAUCUCCAUCCACCAGUACGUCCGAUGGAGGCCUCCCCUCCACGUCGCUGCCAUGGUUCAGAUAUUCUGUGUAGGAUGUGUGGAGGAGCUGCGCGGGAGGACGUGAUUCUUAACUAGCAUGCUGUUAAUGACGUGUUUGUGAUUUUUAGAUCUGCUAUAAGGUCGGUGUUAUGUCCAGGGAUGAAGGUUCUCGCUCUCACCUGAAGCCGUUGAGUUGUGAACGGCUGAGGGUCGUCUUUUACUGAUUUUAUGAUUUCUUUCUUUUUUCCCCUUUUUUUUGGAGUGAGCUGCAAUGUUUUCUAUAUUCUUGUAAGUGCUCUGAAUAAUGAACUGAUUGAUUGUUCGUGGAGGAACAAAUGAACAUGCCAGCCAGUCUAUUUCAGGUGAAAGACACAGCACCGUACAGUAAUCAUUGUAGCCUUUUAAGCUCAGAGCGGUCGAUGCUUUGACACGUUUGGUUAAAUGGGAGUUGUUGUUGUUUUUUUUUUUUAAUUUAUUGGGUUAUUUUUUUUUUCUUUUUUGGGGGUUGAAUUCUUUCCCUGUUGUCUUUUAUUCUCCACUUACCACCACCGCCGCCCACCCCCCAGUCUCCAACCUCUGAUUGGUGGAACGAACCCAGCCGUUAAAUACAGAAACCAUGAGGAACCUCAGGAAAAAAGAAACACCCAACAAACAAACCAUUACAUUUCCAAAUGAGUGGGCCUGACCCUGGGGAGUCUGGUUUUCUGGUUUUAGUGGACUGUUUACAAUCUUCAUCUUGAAAUGCACAUGUGGAUUUUUUGCAAUCACAAUGUUUUUUUCCCUCCCUUUUGUUUAUAUUUUCUUUUUUUCUUAUGGUUUGUAAAUCUAUUUAAAUUCUGAAAUAAAGAUCUUUAUUAGA